GGGAAACGUUUCCCCACUUUAAAAGGAAGAAGUUUUUUCACCCCCAAUCGUUACGCGCCAUCCAUUGUAUGGUGCUGAGAAAUGAACGGUUCGAUUUGGUAGGUUCAUAGUACACGUGGUGAGUCAUAUUCAUGGUAUGGUUCUCCCUCGCCGUCGGUCACCCUUCCCCCGCCCGUAUCAUUUGGUGGAACCACGAUUUUCUUUUCGCCAUUUUUAUAGCUUCGUUCUGCCUUUUGAUUUCUCGACCUUCGCUGGAUCCCGAUGAGUUACCAGCGCCACGAUCACCGCCAUGGCUGGCCGCCGGGAAGGGUUUCUGGCUGCCGGAACACUCCGUCAUCGACCUACCAUGCUCGCCCACCGGGUGUUCGCUUCCAUCGGGGAUUUGAACAGCCGCUGUCUCCGGUCUCUUCGCCUGGUUUCACUCUUGUUCUCUUACGUCGCGGCGGUGGUCGGGGAUUACCUUGCCCUAAGGUAAUCGCGGACUUGAUAUCUACUUGCCCGGCGGUCCCCGUUGAUUUCUUCGUCCGUGCAGAGGGCAACGUUGCCGCGAAGCUGUUCUUUCAGCAGUGGUGCCAUGUCUUAGAAGCGCUUGUCUUUUUUUGGAGGCGUCGUCUCGAAGGCUUUCAUUUGCUCACGCCAUCACUGAUUUCCGGGGUUUCGGUUUGUUCUGAUCGAGAUGAAUUGGAGGAACGCCUGCGAGUGCUCUUUACGAGUCACAUCAACGGAUUGCUGGAGGGGGAAUCGGUGCAGAAAAUUAAUAGUAGGAUUGGUGAGGUUUCUGCGGAGGUGAGUAAGGUUGGGAAGCAGCUUUCCCGACCCCAGCACUUGGGGUUUCAUCAGAAGUUACAGGAAGAAAGAAAGAGUUUGAUAGAGGAAUUAGGGUUGCUGAAGGACAGGCUGGGGGAGUUCCGCGCUGCUUUAGGUUGCCUGCUUGAUCAUCUUGGCGGGAAGAAGACUCUUGGGCUUCGAGAGAUGGGGCAAGUUGAGAUUUUUAGGUUUGAUGUUGAACUUGACUGGGCCAGAGUUCACCAUAUUAUUUUGAGGGAGUGCAAGAGACUCAGUAGUAGUUUACCUAUAUACUCUUACCGUAGGGAAAUUCUUCGGGGUGUGUCUUCUAAUCAGGUUGUGGUCUUGAUUGGGGAAACAGGUUCAGGAAAGAGCACACAGCUAGUACAGUUUCUAGCUGACGCUGGCUUAGCUAGUAGUGGAUUGAUUAUUUGCACUCAACCGCGCAAGAUUGCUGCAAUGACUCUCGCAAGGAGGGUUUGUGAAGAGACUUUUGGGUGUUAUGCUGAUAACUUUGUCAGUUUCCAUGCCACCACCUUAUUUUCUCAGAGGUUAAAAUCUGGAAUAAUAUAUAUGACGGAUCACUAUCUACUGCAACACUAUAUGAAUGAAACAAGUUUAACUGGUAUUUCAUAUAUCAUUGUUGAUGAAGCUCAUGAAAGAAGCCUGAAUACUGAUCUCUUAUUAGCAUUGAUCAAGAAGAAAUUGCUCGAGAGACUUGAUUUACGUGUUAUAAUAAUGUCUGCUACGGCUGAUGCUAGUAAACUGGCAGAUUUUUUUAAUGGUUGUUGUACCUUUCACGUCAAAGGGAGGACUUUUCCUGUUGAUAUCAAAUAUGUUACUGAUGUGUCUGAUGAGGAUCUUUGGUGUCAGACCCCAAAGCAUAUUCCCAGCAAUUAUUCUUCAUACCUUUCUAAUGUUAUCAAAAUGGUGAGCAUAAUUCACAAGAAGGAGAAGGCUGGUGGAAUUCUGGCAUUUUUGACUUCUCAAGCUGAAGUAGAAUGGGCUUGCGAAAAUUUCAGUGAUUCUUCAGCAGUGGUCUUACCACUGCAUGGAAAACUUUCGCACGAAGAUCAAAUCCGUGUUUUUUGUAACUACCCAGAGAAGAGAAAAAUCAUUUUUUCCACAAAUGUGGCAGAAACUUCGCUCACAAUACAGGGCAUCAAAUAUGUUGUCGACUCUGGCAUGGUUAAGGAGAGCAGAUUUGAACCAAGUACCGGCAUGAAUUUGCUUAGGGUUACCUGGACCAGUCAAAGUUCAGCAAAUCAGAGAUCUGGCCGAGCAGGUAGAACAGAACCAGGCAAAUGCUACAGGCUUUAUUCUAAAUCAGAUUUCCAGUCAAUGACAGUGCAUCAAGAGCCCGAAAUUCGUAAAGUUCACCUUGGAGUUGCUCUUUUGAGGAUCCUUAUCUUGGGCGUGAAGAAUGUACAGGACUUCGAGUUUGUUGAUGCUCCAAGCCCGGAGGCGAUUGACAAAGCCAUGCAGAAUCUUGUUCAGUUAGGUGCAGUUGUGUGCAAAAAUCAUUUCUUUGAGCUUACUUCUACUGGUUCUACCUUGGUUAAAUUGGGUAUUGAGCCUCGGCUUGGCAAAAUAAUCCUAGAGUCAUUUUCAUGUGGUUUAAGGAAGGAGGGUGUUGUUCUUGCCGCAGUUAUGGCAAAUUAUAGUAGUAUAUUUUGUCGAGUUGGUAGCGAUGUGGACAAGCAUAAAGCUGACUGCUUGAAGGUCCCUUUCUGCCAUCAUGAAGGAGACCUUUUUACUCUGCUUUCUGUUUACUUGGAAUGGGAAAAUAAAGGCACAAACAAAAAUGAGUGGUGCUGGCAGAAUAGCAUCAAUGCCAAGUCUAUGAGGAGAUGUCAUGAAGCUGUAUUGGAGUUAGAAAAUUGCCUAAAAAAUGAGCUCAAUAUGAUUACUCCCAGCUAUUUUGUAUGGAACCCGCAUAAACCUAGUGAACGCGAUAAGGAUCUGAAGAAGGUUAUUCUCUUUUCUCUUGUGGAGAAUGUAGCUAUGUACACUGGAUCCGAUCAACUUGGUUAUGAAGUGGCUUUAACAGGGCAAAAACUGCCGCUUCAUCCUUCCUGUUCACUUCUGGUAUAUGGGCAGAAGCCAAGCUGGAUCGUGUUUACUGAAAUAUUGUCAAGUGAAAAUCAGUAUCUAGUUUGUGCAACUGCUGUUGAUCGGGAAAGCCUGUGCACGGUUCGACUCCUUUCAUUUAAUAUUGCACAAAUGGAGGAGAAGAAGAUGCUUACGAAGAUUAUCAGUGGGCUUGGAAAUAUUCUACUUCGAAGGUUAUGUGGCAAGUCAAACCAUGGCAUAGAAAGCAUUAUGUCAUACAUUCAGAAAGAAUGCAUGGACCGAAAUUUCUAUAUUAGAGCAGAUUUCGAUAGAAGAGAGAUCCAUUUAUUUGCUUCUUCAAAGAAUUUGGAAAAGGUCUCUUCCAUGUUUAAUGAUGUCUUAGAGUGUGAAAGAAGAUUGUUGAGGGAAGAGUGCAUUGAGAAAUGCUUAUUCAUUGCUGUUGCUGGAAGUUUUCCUUCCUUUGCACUAUUUGGUUCCGGUGGUGAAAUUAAGCAUUUGGAACUCGACAAUCGGUGUUUAACAGUGGAAAUAUUCUAUCCUCGUGUCCAUGAGUUGAACAAUAAGGAACUUAUUCUGUUAAUUAAUCAGAACAUUUCAGGUAUAGCUAAUAUUUAUGUAUUUGGAGGGAAUGGACAAGAAGGACCAGACACUUGUAAGUGGGGCAAAGUAACAUUUCUUAAGCCCGAAGAUGCACAAAAAGCUAUCACUAAGCUAAAUAGGUUGGAAUUUCAUGGAAACUUGUUGAAAGUUGUGCCUGCAGUGGUGGCGGAACGUAGAAAUUUACCUUUUUCUGCUGUAAGAACCAAAGUAUGUUGGCCUCAAAGGCCUAGCAGGGGAGUUGCACUUGUCGAAUGUUCAGCUGAGGAUGCUGAAUAUAUUAUCAAGAAUUGCUGUCCUAAGUUUAUUGGAGGAAGUUAUGUACAAUGUUCAGCCAGCACAAAGUUCCCAAAUUGUCUUUUUGUGACAGGAAUUAGAAAAGAUGCUUCAGAACGGGAAAUAUACUACGAUUUUCUAAAUGCAACUAACGGGAAAAUUAAUAGUGUUAAACUUCUUAGGGGAGAAGCUAUCGAUUGUCGUUCAGUUGAUAGUUAUGAGCAAGCACUCGUUCAAGAAAUUGCUCCUUUCAUGCCUAACAAGAAGCACAGUUUUAGAGUUGAAGUUUUAAAGCCAGAGCCAAAAGAUGUUAUGGUGAGAGCAGCUAUCAAUUUUGAUGGAAGUUUACAUCUAGAGGCAGCAAAGGCUUUGGACCAUAUCCAAGGAAAAGUCCUUCCUGGCUGUCUUUCAUGGCAGAAGAUGGAGUGUCAGGAUAUGUUCCAUAGUUCAAUAUGUUGUACUACACGCAUAUAUUCAGUCAUCAAGGGACCGAUGGAAUCUUUGCUUGAAAUGUUUAAACUUCAGAAAGGUGUAACCUAUUCAGUGGACAGAAAUGUCAAUGGUUCCUACCGCGUUAAGUUGUCUGCUCAUGCAACCAAAAUCAUUGCGGAUGUGAGAAGGCCUCUUGAGAAUCUCAUGAAAGGGAAGACAUUAACUCAUCCAGGCCUAACUCCUUCGCUGACACAACUCCUAUUGUCUCGUGACGGCAUCAAUCUCCUCAAGUCGCUAGAGAGGGAGACUGGAACUUAUAUUUUUUAUGAUAGGCAGAACUUUCACAUUAAGCUGUUUGGUUCUCCAAAUGAUGUUGUUGCUGUUGAGGAAAAACUGGUCCAAUCCUUGCAACAUCUUUAUGAUAACAGGCCACUAGACAUUCGCCUUCGGGGUCACAAUCUUCCCCCAAAUUUGAUGAAAGAAGUCAUCCUGAGAUUCGGUGCAGACCUUCAAGGGCUUCGCUUACUUGUUUCAGGGGUUGAGUUAACUCUUAGCACCCGACGGCUUGUUCUGUCUGCUCGUGGAAGCAUGGAACAAAAACAGAAAGUGGAGGAGGUGAUUUCUGGCUUGGCAACCUCCCUAAGCAGCGGCUCUCUUCAGUCAUCACCAAUUCCUGAAACCAUGUGCCACAUUUGCUUGUGUGAACUGGAUGAACCCUUCCGUCUUGAAACUUGUGGGCACAAGUUCUGUCAGGGCUGCCUGGUGAACCAAUGUGAGGCGACUAUUAGGUCUCGGGAUGGGUUUCCACUGAGAUGUGCCAAGGAGGAUUGUCAGGAACUUCUUCUACUUACUGACCUGAAAGCCCUUCUUCUUGGAGAGAAACUAGAAGAACUCUUCCAGGCCUCAAUUGCCUGGUUUGUAGCAAGCAAUGGUGGGGAUUACCGCUUCUGCCCAACUCCGGACUGUCCGGGGAUCUACAAAGUAGCUGCAUCGGAGGAGGCGGCUUUGUCCGAUGGACCGUUUGUGUGUGGAGCUUGCUCCGUUGAAACUUGCACAUGGUGCCACCUUGAAUAUCAUGCAUUAAUCAGCUGCGAACGGUACAGAGAGUACAAAGAGAGUCCUGAUUUUUCACUGCAUGAUUGGAGAUUGGGGAGGGAGAAUGUUAAGGAUUGCCCUGUCUGUAGACAUGUGAUUGAGAAGGUAGAUGGGUGCAACCAUGUUGAGUGUCGGUGCGGCCGGCAUAUAUGUUGGGUUUGCCUCGAAGUAUUUACUGCCAGUGAUGCUUGCUACUCACACAUCAGAUCAUUUCAUGAUAUCUGAUUUAAUAAAUGCUGCAUAAAUGAUGUCUUUUUCGAUACAUUUGAUGUAUAAAUGAAUGUGUAUAUGUAUCAAUGUAUAGAGAUCCGCUUGUACUUAUAUGACACCACUUGUACUUAUAUGACAUUGAAGUAGUGAUAUACUAAAGAUUGAUGGAGAUUGCGAAGGAAGCAUGCUAUAUGCGCCCACCUAAGGUAAGCAACUCUCGCUCUGAUCUGAAGAUGUUUUCCUUGGUUGAACCUGAAUGUGGCGACUUCCAAAAUGUGCAGAGUAUUAAUAGUAAUGCUUCCCUUGUCUCAGUUUUAUAAACAUUCGACUAUGUACAGCUGAUCUAUUGUGUGUGUAUAUAUGAUUAUAUGACCAAACAAAAGGUCCGAGUCCCAGAGCCGCCUUUUGCUUCCGCAAAGAGAACACCAAUGUUCUUUCAAAGGUUUGGGGAGCGAGGUUCAUGAAACUCAGAACCUGGUCUCUCUCUCUCUCUCUCUCACUCUCUUUCUCUCUCUCUAUAUAUAUGGUAUAGAUUACCAGAUUGGAAUUGUCUGUCACAUUUUACAAAUCCUAUGUUUUUUUAGACAUUCUAAAUGCUCAAUCAUUCAAGAUGAAGGGUGUGAGAUAAGCGAAGACAAAGUCUGGAUGGGAGAAAGCUAACGGUGAUGAUGUUGAUGAUUGCGUUCGUAAAAAACCAGUUGCAAUGGGCUAUGUAAUUCAAAAGAAUGGUUUGUAAAGUGGCCAUGCGCUUUUGCUCCAAUUUUAUUUUGUAGUUUGUGUAAGAUGGCUAAUGUGUGGAUUUAUCUGUAGUUUACAUUUUCUUUUUGGUAAUAAAACCACAUGUCUGUUUGAUAAGAGACUUUUUGUUUUCUUACUUCAAAAGAACUAGAUGC